UGAAAAAGGUCGACGAAUGCGUGAAGCUUGUAAAUAUAUUGAUGACUACAUAUAUAAUAUGAUAAAUAACUAUAAAUCAGAGCUUGAAAUUGAGAAGCAAACAGUUAGCAAUUUGUUAGCUUUGCUUAUUAAUGCUGUUGAUGAUAAUGGUAAUGACAGAGAAUUGAGAGACGUUGUACUUAAUCUUAUUGUUGCUGGUCGUGAUACUACCGCACAAGCUUUAUCUUGGAUGAUGUACUCGAUCAUGACAGACCAAUCGGUUGAAGAUUUAUUGCUUCAAGAAAUUAAUACACUCCUUUCUCCAGAAAUGACCGCUCCAUUAUAUGAUGAUCAUAAGUUAUAUAAAUAUACUUUGGCUACAUUUUACGAAACUCUUCGACUAUAUCCUAUUGUUCCAUCAAAUGGAAGGUAUCCAGAUCGUGCGAUAGGAAUAAACCCUAGGAAAGAUCUCGUUGGGCCUAAGGGUGUUCCAAUAUUUGGAAACCUUUUCUCAUUCUUAAAAAGAAAGACUUACAUUCAAUUCUCACAAGAGUUGGUAGAUAAAUAUGGAUCACUUUACACAUUUACAAUUUUGGGAUUUGGCCGAGUCAUUGUAUCAAAUGAUCCACAAACAAUAGAACAUUUACUCAAAACGAAUUUUGAGGAUUAUGGAAAAAGUGAUGCCUUUUACAAAAUGGGUUAUGAUGUAUUUGGAGAUGGAAUAUUUGCGGUUGAUGG